AUGAACACAUCCAACCAACAAAACUCCAACAACACCCCACUCUGCUACACUAUUAACAAUCCUCCAUUCAACUAUGUGCCCAAUAUUGCCUCAGCCUAUUACUCAUCCAUUUUCAGUGUGCUGGGUGUCACUUCCAACCUCAUCGCCUUUGUGGUUCUCAUCAAGUCGUUCCGGCGGACUCACAGCAGCUCUCGUUCUUCCUUCCUCAUUUUCCUGGGCGGCCUAGUUGUCACAGACUUCAUGGGUCUGGCGGUCACAGGAAGCAUUGUUGUCUCCUUUCAUGUGACACACUUCAACUGGCGCACUUUAGACCCACAUUGCAAUUUCUGCAACUUCAUGGGCAUGUCCAUGGUUUUCUACGGGCUGUGCCCACUACUGCUUGGUGCCGCAAUGGCUUUGGAGCGCUUCAUUGGCAUCACACAUCCAUUUGCACACACCACGCUGCCCAAAAGUAGAACAGUCUUCAUGUUGUUGCUGGUGUGGUUUAUUGCCGGCUGCAUAGCGUUGUUGCCAUUGACAGGAGUUGGGAGCUACCACAUGCAAAUUCCAGGCUCCUGGUGUUUUUUCAACAUUAACUCAGAGGGCAGUGACCUGACAUUUUCAGUACUCUUCUCCAUGGUCGGGUUAGUGUGCAUUGUUGUGUCCUUUAUAUUGAACACCGUGAGUGUUGUGACGCUGAUCAAGGUGUGCUGUGGAAAGGAUAAUAUGCAACAUCCUCGAGACCAGGAAGUGGAAAUGAUGGCUCAGCUCAUCCUGAUAAUGGCCAUUAAUUCUAUCUGCUGGUGUCCAAUACUGGUCUUUAUUGCGAAAACUGUGCUGAGUGGACAUCCUCUCCAGGUCGAAAACCUAUUGCUGUGGCUGCGCUUUGCCUCGUGGAACCAAAUCCUGGAUCCGUGGGUGUAUAUACUGUUUCGCAGGGCAGUAUUACAGAGAGUCUACCCACGAAUGGAGUGGUACCAAUGGUCUACAUUAAACCAGUCUUUCAGAAGAACCGUUCGCAGAUUCACUCAUUCAUCUUCACCUGGAAUACCCCUUAGGUCGGAUGAAACGGAGCAUAGUGAAAAACUAAAUAAAACACAUUCCACAUGUUACGGCUCACUCAACUUCACCUUCACAUCCUACUCCACCUCCUCACUGACUCUGUUGUGCACACCUGUCACCAAUCUCCACACCUGCCUUCACUUCCCAAUCAACUGCCUGCCACCAUAA